GCGAUCCACCAAUGAAAAUGCCCGUCACAUGCUAAGAAAGAAAAAUCAAGAAAAAAAAAGGAGAAAGAGAGACCCAUAUUUUCUCUUUCUUCCCCGGACCCCUGUAUCUUUCUCCCCGUGUGAAGCACUCUUUGAUUCAUGGAAGAAAAGGCUGGUCCAAACCCAGGAGCCCGAUUUGGUUGUUUGUAUCAAUAAGUGAACCAUUUGCUAAUCUUCCAAUGCGGUAUUGUAGAAUACCAACAAGAAACAGAGACUUGAGCGGAAAAACCCAGAGAAAUAGAUCUGAAUUUAGUCGAAGUCGGUGCGUGAUAGGAUCUGAUGUUGAGGAUUUUGAGGCCAUUCGUGGAGGUGGGUUCAUCGAGUCGGGUCGGUUCUGAUAUUGGUAGGAGCGUGGUUUUCGGUGCGGUGGUGGGGCUGCAUAGACGACGAUGCAGCUUCACUUCUCGCCUAGCAUGAAAAGCAUCACGAUAUCCAGCAGCAAUGGGUUUAUUGACUUGAUGAAGAUCAAAGUCGCAGCUCGCCACUUCUCCUAUCGGACCCUCUUCCACACCAUUCUAAUCCUCGCUUUCUUGUUGCCCUUUGUCUUCAUUCUCACGGCUGUUGUUACACUUGAAGGUGUCAACAAGUGUUCCUCAUUUGAUUGUUUAGGCAGGCGUUUGGGACCUAGGUUUCUGGGAAGGGUUGAUGAUUCAGGAAGACUGGUUAGAGACUUCUACAAGAUUCUUAACCAAGUGAACACUGAGGAAAUCCCACAUGGUCUAAAGCUGCCAGAUUCAUUUAGUCAACUUGUUUCCGAAAUGAAGAACAGCCAUUAUGAUGCAAGGACCUUUGCUUUCAUGUUAAGGGCAAUGAUGGAGAAAUUUGAAAGGGACAUUAGGGAGUCUAAAUUUACGGAGCUGAUGAACAAACACUUUGCUGCUAGUUCCAUACCAAAAGGGAUCUACUGUCUGUCUCUUCGUUUGACUGAUGAAUAUUCCUCAAAUGCCCAUGCACGCAAACAGUUGCCUCCUCCAGAGCUACUCCCUGUGCUCUCUGACAACUCCUAUCACCACUUUAUCCUGUCAACUGAUAACAUUUUGGCUGCUUCAGUGGUAGUUGCUUCUACUGUCCAGUCAUCUCUAAAACCUGAAAAAAUUGUCUUCCAUGUCAUCACUGACAAGAAAACUUAUGCGGGUAUGCACUCAUGGUUUGCAUUAAACCCCGUCUUCCCAGCUAUUGUUGAAGUGAAAGGUGUUCACCAGUUUGACUGGUUAACAAGAGAAAAUGUUCCCGUACUUGAAGCUGUAGAGAACCAAAAUGGGAUCAGGAAUUACUAUCAUGGUAAUCAUGUUGCAGGAGCCAAUUUCAGUGAUACAACUCCAAGAACAUUUGCUUCAAAAUUGCAAGCUAGAAGUCCAAAGUAUAUAUCCUUACUCAACCAUCUUCGUAUAUAUAUACCAGAGCUCUUUCCAAACCUCGAUAAGGUCGUCUUUUUAGAUGAUGAUGUUGUGAUUCAGCGUGAUUUGUCUCCACUUUGGGAAAUUGACCUUGGGGGAAAGGUUAAUGGAGCUGUUGAAACUUGCAAAGGUGAAGAUGAGUGGGUCAUGUCUAAGCAUUUCAGGAACUACUUCAAUUUUUCCCAUCCUCUUAUAGCAAAGAAUUUGGAUGCUGAUGAAUGCGCAUGGGCUUAUGGGAUGAAUAUCUUUGAUCUUAGCACUUGGAGGAAGACAAAUAUAAGAGAAACAUACCAUUCUUGGUUGAGAGAGAAUCUAAAGUCAAAUAUGACAAUAUGGAAACUUGGGACCUUACCACCUGCUUUGAUUGCAUUUAAAGGUCAUGUUUUCCCAAUUGAUCCAUCAUGGCACAUGCUUGGCCUGGGCUAUCAGAAUAACACCAAUAUUGAGAGUGUGAAAAAAGCUGCAGUUAUCCACUAUAAUGGCCAGUCGAAACCAUGGUUGCAGAUUGGCUUUGAGCAUCUCCGACCAUUUUGGACCAAGUAUGUCAAUUACUCCAAUGAUUUUAUAAGAAAUUGCCACAUCUUGGAAUCGUAGUUUAAUCAACUAGAGGAGCUAUAGACGGGAGGCAUGGGGCAGGAAAAGAUCCGAGUGUUACUGGUUUCAUAAAAGUCUUGUGGCUCGAAAUUCUUUUCCACAUUUAUUUGGGAAGACUAGCAGGAAAUUGGCUGAAAGGGCAAACCUUUCAAGGCCAAGAUUUGCUCUCAUUUGCAGACAAUGAACAGCUUCACUGGCACGGCAUGAGAUUCAUUCUUUCAAUCUGUAACAUAGCAAUCCAUCCUUUAUUUUUUGGUUAAGAAAAGGAUACUAUUAUUGGUCUUCCACCAGGGGAGUCUUACCUGAUUGAUUUCUCACAGCAUAUUUUGAAAUAAAGUGGAAGUAUACAAAAUUCAGUACAUGAAUGCUGUGGUGUUGACAUGGAAGAGGAAGGCUAGGACAGAUGUGAGGCUCCCCCCCACUAAACUAGCCCAGAAAUGUUUCUUUGCCUUUGUUAUUUCUUCUUUUCAUGUUUUCACUGUUGUUUAGUACCCAUUUUUCCUAUUUCAUUGAUAUCAUUACGGUGAAUUUUAGCGGUAGGUCACGAGAUUGCUGUUACAGGUCCCAUACGAAUGGGAACUCUCUUGGGAUAUAUAUAUCGGUACUUGUUUUGUACGAUUAACGAGAGACAUUGAAAUGUGCAGAAGAUUCUUUUC